UCUGUGUAAACUUUUUAUUUUGGUUAUUUCUUUAUGUUAUGUUCCAUUUGACAUCUCUAAUUUAUAAUUCUAUGCUCUUUGAUUGGGUAUAAGAUAUGGAUUUCUUCUGCGACAGUUGACCUAAUAUUCAUUUCCAUUGAAAACACACACCCACAGUCACACAGAGAAAAAGGAAAAAAAUGGGGAAUUCUUUUGGAUGUUCAGCUUCUGGAGAAAGAUUAGUUUCGGCAGCGAGGGAUGGUGAUUUGGUUGAAGCCAAGAUGCUGUUAGAUUGUAACCCAUGUCUCGCUAAAUAUUCCACUUUUGGUGGCUUAAAUUCACCUCUUCAUUUCGCUGCUGCUAAGGGCCACAAUGAGAUUGUUGCUUUGUUGCUUGAAAAUGGAGCUGAUGUUAAUUCCCGGAAUUAUUGUGGUCAGACCGCAUUGAUGCAAGCGUGUAGAUAUGGGCACUGGGAAGUUGUACAAACUCUUCUGCUCUUCAGAUGCAAUGUCAUAAGAGCAGAUUACCUCAGUGGGAGGACAGCUCUACAUUUUGCAGCUGUAAAUGGGCAUGUUAGAUGUAUUAGACUAGUUGUGGCUGAUUUUGUUCCUAGUGCUCCUUUUGAAGUUGUGAAUAUUCAUGUUGAAGGUAAUAGAGGGGACAGUUCCACUUUGAAGAACAAGUAUGAUCAAAGUGCCCUGUCCAAGUUUGUAAAUAAGGCAGCUGAUGGCGGGAUCACUGCUCUCCAUAUGGCUGCAUUGAAUGGAUAUUUUGAUUGUGUACAGCUUUUGCUUGAUCUUCAUGCAAAUGUAUCUGCGGUGACAUUUCAUUACGGAACAUCAAUGGAUUUAAUAGGAGCUGGAAGCACACCUUUACAUUAUGCUGCUUGUGGAGGAAAUUUAAAAUGCUGUCAGAUCCUCCUUGCAAGGGGUGCCAGUCGUAUGUCUUUGAACUGCAAUGGGUGGCUGCCUCUUGAUGUUGCUAGAAUGUGGGGACGUCAUUGGCUUGAACCUUUGCUGACACCCAAUUCUGACUCUCUCAUACCAAGAUUUUCUCCUUCCAAUUACUUAUCCUUGCCUCUUUUGAGUGUACUUAAUGUAGCAAGAGAGUGUGGCUUGCAAUCCUCAACAACCUCCUCAGAUGAUGCUGAUACUUGUGCUGUCUGCCUGGAGAGAGCAUGCACUGUAGCUGCUGAAGGGUGUCGGCAUGAACUUUGUGUAAGAUGUGCACUCUAUCUUUGCUCCACAAGUAACAUCCCCUCAGAGAUGGUCGGUCCUGCUGGCGCCAUUCCGUGCCCUCUUUGUAGACAUGGAAUUGUCUCAUUUGUCAAAUUGCCUGGUUCCCCUGUAAAAGAAAUUAAGCAACCCCUGUCCCUUGGCCUCUGUACCCCAUGCAUGCUUCACCCUCGUGAUGCUGAACGCCAAUCACCAGCUUGUGCCCCGGAGAUUCGAAAGAAUCGUGUAGCUUCAGUUUCCUCAGACAUGUUCUGUCCAGUCACUUGUAGCCCAUUUCCUUCUGUUGCCAUCCCUUUAUGCACCUGCAAUGAUGGACCAUGCCCAUCGUUCGAACCUAGAGAGAUAGAAACUCAAGAUGAAUCUCCCCGACGUGCUCAAGGAACAUCAAUAGAACAGGAUAAAAUGGAAGGGCCAAGACUUGAGAGAACAAGCUGUUCAAGCAUGUUUUGGGGCAGGAGAAGCUGCACUAGAGAGCAUCAGUGCAAUUCAGAGAUAAAUGCUUGAUUAGUAAUGGCUUGUAAAAUUGGUGGUCCAAACAGAAUUUUUGAUAACGCCAGCCCCAAGUCACAAAAGAGUUUUGAAAUCCAUGUUUGCUUCUGCUUUUUGUUCA